GAAAAAGGCAUGAAUACAUAUUAAAUUUGGAUACAUUUUUGGAAGAUAAAUAAAUAUGAAGGGUGUGUAAAAUUAGAUUAAUUACCUACCGAAUCCCUUCCCUCUUAUAUAUCCUCACUGCACUGCACCACAGUAGUGUGGUUCCAUCAACGACGAUGGCCUUGUGCUCCACCAAAUUUUUGUUGUCUCUUGUGCUGCUGUCAGCCAUCCCUCUAGCCAUCAUCAUAACCCUAGAAUCAGCCGCUCCAACCGCCCAUUACUACCAGUUCCACAGCACCGGUUGGUUUAGAGAAUCCAGCAAAUGGGACCAAGUCAACAGCCGCUUCAUCGUCUCCUUUACGGACGGCGGAGGUCUCGGUGUCGUCCGCGUUCCUGAAGAUCACAACCCCGACCUCGUCCUGGAGGAGAUCCCUGUGGUGAAAAAUACGGACGCCGUUGGGAACGGGACCUGUGGUGUUUUCAUUGAUCGUCCCAGGAACCGGGUGGUGGUGGCCAUAGCCGAUGUUUUUGGAAACACUUACAGUGCUGUGGCGGCCUAUGAUAUGGAUUCGUGGAAACGCUUGUUUUUCACGCACCUCCCUUCCUCAGCAGAAGAUGGAAAAAGCAUGGCAGACGACGUUACCGUCGAUGCGCAAGGGAAUGCAUACAUAACAGAUGCCAAAGGAACUCAAAUAUGGAAGGUUGGGGUGGAUGGACAAAUCUUAUCGGUCAUCAAGAGCCCGCUUUUUCAUGCUAAAGAAUGGUACCACAACUUCUUCACCCUCAAUGGCAUCGUCUACCAUCCGAAUGGCUACUUGAUCGUGGGUCACACCAUUGCCGGAAUUCUCUUUAAGGUUGAAAUCAACAACGGUAACAGAGUUGCAUUGGUCAAGGUUGACACUAGGUUGACAGUUGCAGACGGGUUGGAACUUUUAUCGCCCACCAAACUUGUUGUGGCUGGAGCCAACGGUGUAAAGUUAGUUGAGAGCAACGAUGAUUGGACAACGGCUUCCGUGAUUGGAAGGUCGCCAGUGCUUAAGCAUCGCAUGGCCACUGCAGCCAUGGUGAAGGAUGGGAAGGUGUAUAUCAAUCAUGCACUUGGGAUGGGGUACCCCAAGAAGAAACACGUUUUCGUGGAAGCUGUUUUUUCUUAGAUCAACUUGUAAUUUAAUUUUUAAAUAAAAAUAUUGAUGUAUGAUGUUGUACUUGUAUGGACGAUGUAUCAUGAAAAGAGAGAUUUGG